GGCAGAAACAAUGCUGAGUGUUUCAGCCCUCCAAGGCCAGGCCCAGCCCAGCCAGAUGGCACCUGUAUGAGUCCUCCCUGAGGAUGAAUCUCACAAGACGUUCCAACCUGCUCCUGUCAGCCAUCAAGAACUCCCAUUACCUUACAAUUGUUACCGAUAUCUCAACUGAGAACGCCCUCCUUCACAAGGACUUCAACUUCAAGCUCUCUGACAUUGGCUUAUACAAGCGCUUCCCGAGGGAUGACAGUGGCUGUAUUGCCCUAAGUAACACCUUCAGGGAAACAACCCCACAUGCUGCACCCGAGGUGCUGGAGGCCAUCCCCUACCAGCCCAAGUUGUGCGACAUCUGGAGCCUGGGCAUGAUCCUCUACAUCAGGGUCUGUGGCACCAUGCCUUACGAUGACUCCAACGUCAAGAGGAUGCUGCGCCUCCAGAAGGAGCACCGCGUCCACUUCCCCCGCUCCAGGCACCUGACGGGUGAGUGCAAAGACCUCCUCUACCGAAUGCUGCAGCCGGAUGUCCGCCGGCGGCUGAACAUCGACGAGGUCCUCAGCCACUCGUGGCUGCAGCCCAAGGCACAGGACCUGGCCCCUGGACCCAUCACCAAUGAAGGGGAGAGCUCCCGGUGCACCGAGCCCUCGUGGACCCCUGAGACUGCUGAGAAAAAGUCUGCCACCAAGGUGGAGCUCCAGGAGGAAUCCCAGCCUGAGAGGCAGCCAGAGACCAAACCCAAUGACCAGACAUCACAAGGACCGGGGUCAAGGCAGAAUGCUCCCACGGGAUCAUCCCUGCCAGGCAAGCUGCCUAACAGGGAGACAGAAGAAGGGGCUCCCUCACAGCCUCCAGGGCCACACACCUAGGGAGCCUCUCUCAGCAAGGGGGCUGCCGG